UAAGAUUUUAGCCAACUUCCACUCGACAGACAGCUCGCAUUAGAGUUUAUUUAACUAUAGAUGUAGUCUAUUUAAAUAAAGACAAAGUUCCGGGCGGUGACACUAGCUAGCGAGUUACGUUAUAAACGUUAUAAACACUUAUUUUUAAGUAGCCUCACGUUAUUUAACGUUACUGGAUGUUUUCCCUUGUCCUGGAUGAAGCCAGCUCGCAAACCAGACGCGGCCGGCCUAUAAGAAUGUAUCCGCUACACAGAGAAAGGGAGCAGCCAAUCUUCAGCACCAGGGCGCACGUCUUCCAGAUCGACCCGGCAACCAAGAGGAACUGGAUCCCGGCCAGCAAGCAUGCCGUCACCGUGUCCUUCUUCUACGACGCCCACCGCAACGUGUACCGCAUCAUCAGUGUGGGCGGGACCAAGGCCAUCAUUAACAGCACGGUCACGCCCAACAUGACCUUCACCAAAACCUCGCAGAAGUUUGGCCAGUGGGCCGACAGCCGGGCCAACACCGUGUACGGCCUCGGGUUCAGCUCCGAGCAGCAGCUGCACCAGUUUGCAGAACGCUUUAAGGAGGUUAAGGAGGCUGCACGUCUGGCACGGGAAAAGUCCCAGGACAAGAUUGAGCUGACCAACCCCGGCCUGAACAUCGAUCAUUUCCUGUCUCCACAGGACCUGUCGGAUGACCUGCAGUCGCCCCCGGUGCUGUGCAUUAACGGGCCCGGCGAGGACAAGCUGUUCCGCAGCCAGAGCGCCGACAUCACGCUGUCCUCAGAGAAAGAGCGCAUCAAGAAGAUGCUCUCCGAAGGGUCGAUAUGCGAGAUGAACCUGGAGGUGGAGCUGUUCGCCCUGCAGGACAGCAACACCAAGCUGGUGGCGGCGCUGCACGAGGCUAACGCUAACGUGGAGCAGUGGAAGAAGCAGCUGGCCGCCUAUCAGGAGGAGACGGACAGGCUGCGGGACCAGGUGGCUGACCUGGAGGCGCACGGAGGACACGGGCCCAGUGACCUCCUGAAGGACGAGCUGACCCAGUCCCUGGAGGAGCUGGAGGCCUUACUCAAAGCCAAGGAUGAGGAAAUCCACAUUCUGCAGAGUAAGAAGUCUGAAUACCAUGAGCUGGAGCGAGACAGAGAAGAGGCCAUCCACAGGCUGCAGGAGCUGGAGAUGCGGAACAUGGACCUGGAGCGGCGGGUGCAGAACGCUGAGCAGACUCUGGCAUCCUCGCUGGAGGAGCGGGACCGGGCGGAGAACGAGGUGCAGCGCGUCAUCGACAUCCUGGACGUCAAGAUCUUCGACCUGAACGACCUGCGCCAGAACCUGGCCAAGCUGAUCGACAAGUAGAGCCCCGCCCCCUUCCCACCCUGGCCACGCCCAGUCUGGUCAGGGGAGGAGGGAGAGACGACGGGUUCCUCUCACAAGCACAGUGUGUCCGCAGACGCACGGUCCCGCUGACUGCUCUGGGGUGUUCUGCGGACGCACGCAGUUCGGCUAAAACUAGUUUUAACGCUUUUUCAGUGCGGUGAGCGUAGGAAGCAGCACUAUGACCUGAACAGGAGGUUCACCUUUCUGUUUCUAUUUUUUACGUUGCUAAUUUUUCUUUGACGAAGCUUUCACUGGUGACAUUUGAAGCAGUUUAUUAUUAGUGUACUUAUUCAGUACUGCAAAAAAAACUAGUGUUAAUCUAGAUUCUUCUUAUUAUUAUUAUUUUAAAUGAGUUUUGAGAACUCAGGAACUGUCCAGUGGUGCAGCGAGUAUGGUUGACUAAAUAAUGUAUAGAGGUAGUGGCUAAAGUGGGCGUGACCUACACUAUAUCUCUAAUCACAAGCUGUAGAACAAGAGGGCUCUUUUCAUUCAGCCAAUGAAAAAUAGGACAGCAGUGCGCAAAAUCAGGAUCAACAAAUCAGGAGGAAAAUCUAUAGACAAACUAGACAAACCAAGAAAAUGUUAAUACUGUGCAGUUUCGACAAUGCACUGCAACAGUCAUCACUUGUACUCAAUAGGUACUACUGCUUCUAUACAUAGUUUGAGAGUAUUUGGUAUCUUGGUAUGAAAAAGUUUACUUUGUAACUUUGUGUUUAUCUCCGUGUUUUAGAGGAUGCACUAUUUUUGAUACAUUAUUAACUGUGGGUGUGAAAACGAAAGCACCUAAAAGCACGGCCGAGACCGAGAGCUCCUCCCUGGUGUGAGUGGCGUGCAGGAACACUGGGGCCCCACAGGGGGCGCUGUGAGCGAUCUGUGCUGCUGGAAAAGGUUUAAUCUGCAGCGUGAAACAGUGCGGGGAGAAAGGUAUAAUUUCCGGAAAAAGUUUGGAUUUCUGAAAUUUAAGUGCAAAACAUACCUAAACAUGCCAUGUGACAGUGUUCUGUGAAAGAAAAUGAAAAUGUUUGUGGUGGUAUGGGGGGGGGGGGUGCAGUUAAACGAAACAUUUGGAUAAAAAGCCUUCAUGGUGGAAAGCUCAUCCAAGUGGAAUCACUACCUAAUAUUUUCAUAGCCCACCUAUUGUCACCUCCAUUUAAAUACUUCCUCUAAUGGUUCUUCAAUAAGAGAUUGCUCUUUCAUGUUUAGUCUGGUAUGACAUUUUACUUUAAAAUGGCAAGUAUGAUGAUAAUGUUGAUAUUUCAACCUUAGACUUCAAUCAGAUGCUGUUUUAGAAAUGUUUUUCAGCUGCUGUUUAGACAUUGAGAAAUCUUUAUGGUUGAGGUUCAGGGCAGGGGGGCAUUAGCGUGCUUGCUAACAGGAUCAGAACCUCAGGUGGUACCAAAGAACCAUUUUAAAGGAACUAUUUUAAUUGUAAAAGACACAUAAAAGCUAAAAGCUUAAAUCUUUUAAAGUAAAUCUGCAUCAGUUUUCUUCUCUUUGUAGAACUGGAAUGUUAAAUUAAGAGAUAGGAAAGGUUUUAGGUAACUGUAUACAUUUAUGAAAUUGAUUUAAGAUAACUUAAACGUUCUUGCAGUAAAUGAAUGUAUAGUCACUAAUAAGAAGACAAUUUCUUGUCUUAGUAGAUAGCAUAAUCUUUUCCCCAAGAUCCAUCUAGAGUAAUUAACUGAUAAUAUAUAAGAUAAGGUUGCCCCUGGCAACCUGCUUUUAAUUUCCUCUUUAAUAUGGAAGCUUUUAGCGUGACAGUGGUAAAUCUGUGGUAGAUUGCAUUUGCUGUGUCCUCUGCCAGGUAUCUGUGUUAAGAUGAAGAUUUAGCUUAAGUUUCAUGUAGUUUGUAACGGCGACACAAAGACUUGUUUGUAUGGAGAUGUUUAGCCACCUCUUUUGCCUGAAAACGAAACAACAAAAAAAAGAAUGUGUUUAUACAUGUUAGAAAUAAACAUUUUAAUAGCAUAGUUAAACUCGAUAAUUAAAAACGGCUGCAGUAAAAUUGCUGUGGAGCAAUGUCAGGUCUUUGAAAUGUGUGUGAAAGUAUUUUUGUGAGGCCUUUUUAUAAAGUGAAAGAGAAGGAAGGAAGAACAUUGGCGUGAGUAGCAGGUCAGCUUUGCACUCUGCUCUGAGGUACUGACACGGCAUGCUUGGUUUUCAAAUGAAGAAAAUUAAAGAGAUCACGUGCUG